AUGUUUGUUCCCGAUGCAAGCACAUCGACGAUGGAAAACACGCGAGUUUUUCGUGACGACCCGGCUUUCCUGGCACGUAAACGAGCCGGCAUGUUGUCAACAACAGAUAAACGAACCGCCACCAAAAUAUGUCGUGUUUGUGGCGAUAAAGCCUACAGUUACAAUUUCAACGUGAUCACCUGUGAAUCGUGCAAGGCAUUCUUCCGUCGCAACGCGAACAAGGAAAAGGUUGGAAUGAAAAAGGAAUGGAUAAUGAGCGAAGAGGCGCGGCUGGAGAAGAAGCAGCGGGUGCAGGAGAACAGGGAACGACGCCUUGCCGAAGCUGCUACAUAUGUACAGGCUUUUCAAGUGGCAUUUUCAGUAUUUUGA